UCUGCCUCGCUCGUUUAAAUCAGCACAUCUAUCAAAGAUCAAGAUGCAGAAGAAAGUGCUGUUCUUCCCAGGGAGAAUCUGUGUUGUGUUCCGCAAGGGACCACUCGGGUUUCUCCUCCAGGAGCCAUCUAAAGAAGCCAGACGUAUUAAGGAUGACCCCACUCUGCAGGACAAGUCUGCGCCCAUGAGAGAGGACCUUGUGUGGCAGAAUGCUCGGUCUUUGGUCAUUCAGAGAGGAGGGGAUGCCUCUGACAGGAAGGAGGUCCUGGGAGAAUACAUACUGCAAUUUGGAAAGUAUAAAGGGAAGUCUUUUAGAUGGCUUUUAGAGAAUGAUGUAGGGUACACUAUGUAUCUCAUCAAGAACCUUCAGAAGGAGGAGGCAUCCGGCAUCCCUGUGGCUGAGGGGCAUGGCAAGGACAGUCUACUGUCAUUUGUUAAUUAUGCCCUAAGUUUUGAAGAGAUCCAGUCUCUUCUCACCUAUGAGGCCAGUGGAAUGGGUGUUGUGGCAGCCUCAUCAGAAGAUAACCAGCUGGUUGGCUUUGGUUCCCGGGCCAAGAGCACCUGGAAGGAGAUUUGGGAUAGCAGAGCUGAUGGCUACGCAGACUUCAUCAUGAAGAAGAGCUGUGUCCAAGGGACACGCAUGUACAAGCUCCAGCAAUACCUGCAGAAGAAGCAGCAAUCUGCCGCUGCUUCCAUACCUGCUAAACAUACCCCAAGGGCCCCAGCAAAACCUAUUGUGAUGGAUGAUGAUGAAGAGCUGGAGAGAGCGAUGUUGAGCAUCUCACCCUCUAAGCUACAAGUGCAGAGCUUUGCUGUGCCAGCAGCAGUAGCAGCAGCUGCCAUACCCAGAGUGUCACCAGGAGCAAAGACAGGUUUUUAA